GCUUGGCCCAUCGCUCCCUUCUCUGUGCAUUCCACUUCUUCAUCACCAUCCCUCGCCGUCGCCUACGAUGGCGCCCAAUUCAACAGGCGACGACGUGGCUAAACAGCAUUUGCUGCCACCACCACCAGCCACGUUUCCCCACUCUCUGCCUCCUCCCGUGCUGCGCCUCCUCUCCCUCUCUUCACCAUGGGUCAAUGUCCUUCACUCCUUCAUCCACCUAGCGACAUGGACGCAGCCAGAGGGUGGAGGCACGCAUUCUGUUCUGCUGCUACUGGGCUGGACUUUUCUCUGCCUCUUUGCCUAUCCCGUGCUGAGAUAUGCGCCUCAGCUGCUGGUGCUGGGACUCGUGUUGGGGACCGCAGUCCCAAACGUCCUCCUUCGACGACAAGGCGCUCGCGGGCCAAACGCAAGUGCUGUUGCUCAGGCUACGCUCACCCAGAAGCAGACGGAUGAGUUGCUGCAGAAGCUGUCAGAUAUUCUCGACGUCACCUCGACGCUACACGCGCGCAUCGUCCUGCCCGUAUGGCAGGCGCUCACCUGGCAACAUCCGCAGGGACACGGGAUUACAAUCGGCGCAGCCAUCAUGGCCACGACGCUAGGCACAGUGUGGACGCUCUGCUUUGCAGAUUGGCCAGCUGCGUGGUCCAAGAUGGUCGUCUUGGUACCCUUUGGCCCCGCUUGGUCCUACUUCAAGUCGAGCACCACCACUGCGGGUCGAGUCGCCAAGCUGCACCUGUACGACGCCUAUCUCAAGACUUCAGUCGAAGCUAAGCUUGCAAGCUGGCCGAUUCUUGCGGAUCUCCAACGCCACAUCAUCCGCGCCAACGCUUGGCUGCUUCCUCGCCUCCCCACGCCAGCGAGCACGGCAUUGGCUCUGCCCUAUCUACCACCCUUCCCACUCUUCUCCCUCAACCUCUCCAACGCCGUCCUCGCCAUCGGACUCGUAGCCUUCAGCUGGUGCUCCACGUAUGCCACUCUCGUGCGUCACGCUCUGUGGAAGAGCGCCACAAUCCGCCGUAUUACUCGCGGCGCCGUCAGGCUCACCUCUUUUGGCUACCUCGGCGGACCAAGCGCUGCAGGCUUCUAUCGUGUUGGUGGUUCGCAGCUCUCUGCGGCUUCUCUUGCCGCCAACUCUCGCUCAGAGAAGGCCAUGUCGACCUCUUCUUCCUCCGCUUCGGACUCGCCUCGCGUCAACACUGUCCCAUACCGCUUCGAGCUUUACGAAAAUCAACGCUGGUGGAUGGGACUCGACUGGACCGCCGCUCUUCUCCCGCAAGAAAGGGCCUCCUGGACUGACAGCACCCUCUCCCCUGUCUCACCGCCCGCGAGCUUCACUCUGCCCAACGAAAGUGUCACCUGGCGGCCCAAGCCGACAAAGGAAAAGCCAAACGCCUGGGAGAAGCGCGUCAUCCGGUGGAGAUGGGAGGAGGAAGAAUGGCGCGUCGUUGUCAAUGUCGGCGGCGGGCUCGGGACUGGCAAGGGAGAGACUCCCUCUGCCGUAGGGAGGCGAGCCAGUGAGAGUGGAGCAACAGCAGGAUCGCCGUCAACGCCUACGCGCAGGGGAAGCGGUACCUCCAAUGGCGGAUCCACCCUCUUCUCCUCUUUCACAUCACGCAACACUCCCUCCUCUGUCAUUGAAGAGACCGAAGAUGAGGACAACGCUGCGCCUCAGACCCCGGGCGACUCGUCGGCCGUCUCGGAGGACACGUCUCUGCCCACGGACGCCUCGGGCUGGAGGUACGGUGACAACGGAUGGGAGAAGAUGACGAACAAGGUCGGGCUGGGCAAGUACACGCGCAGGAGGAAGUGGGUCAGGAGGGCUAGGAUGGAGGAGAUCGUCUUCAGUGGAGUGGAGAAGCCGCAAGAGGGUCCUGCAGACGGCGAGAAGGAGGAGAGUCGAAGAAUGGAGGCUUCAUCGAAGCCGUUCAAUGGCGGCUUGUCUACGGCCCCAUCGUCUACUCGACCUCUGUCCGAGUCGACCGUCGCGGGGGAGGCGGCAAGCUCCGAUGAUCCUGCAGCGUCUGCGGCAAAGAACACGCAGGUGGACGCUGAUGCGCCCGCAUCGCCGCCAGCAUCACCCUUGCCGGCCGGUGGGAGUAGGGGCGACCUCAAGAGCAGAUUGGCGAGCGCGGCGGGCGGCAAUGGUGGAACGUGAGCGUGGUCAAGGGACUAUUGGGAAAGUGCAGUGUAGCAUCGCAGAAUGAACCAGGCCAAGCAUCUGAAUCACGAGAGAGUCAAAGACGCACAUCGCUUUUGCAUUCAGCGUCUCUCGGCGCACUCAGACACCCCACCCACAGCCUUUC